AUGACUAAAAAUGGAAUCAAGCACGCAUUAGUCCCCCCAUAUCAUCCGCAAUCAAAUGGGGCAGCGGAAAGGUCCGUGAGAGUGGUUAAAGAAGCUUUAGCCAAACAAGUUAUUCAAGGCACCCAAGGCGUGUCUAUGAAACAUAGACUGGCAAAUUUUCUCCUUAGGUAUCGAACCACUCCUCACAGCACCACAGGUGUGUCGCCAGGAGAGUUGAUGAUGACGCGCCGUUUGAGAACAAGGUUGAGUUUGGUUAAACCUGAUCUAGCACAGGUCGUAGAGGGAAAGCAAGAACAGCAGAAAGUGUAUAAAGAUGGGAAAGGAAAGAGUGAGAGAACAUUUGAGAAAGAGGAAAGAGUUCGCGUGUUAAACACUAGAGCAACGAACAAAACUAACAAAUGGAUUUUAGGUACAGUAGUUAAGAGUUGUGGGCCGCGGACAUAUGUAGUAAAAUGUGGAAAGAGAAUGAGACGUGUGCAUCCAGAUCAUAUGAUCAAGGCACAUGAUGGUAGAGAGAAUGGUAGCGAUGAUUUAAAAGAUGAUGAUGACGAACCAGAGGUAAGUAUUUCAGAAUCUGGGGAACAGACUGUCGCAGAUGACAAUGGCGAAAUAGCCACCAAGGUAAGUGAAUCACUGAUAGAGGUAGUUGAGAAAAAUGUGACACCUGUGGUGUCUUCAGAUGUUGUUGCCCAGCAGAAAGAUCUUCGGAGAUGUGGGAGAAUCAGAAAGCCAGUAA